AUUUGCGAGUUCAGUGACAACGCGGACGCGUACGCAUCGGGAGCCUUAAGCCAGCGGGCGCGCUUCUAUCGUUCGAAAACUUCGAUGAGUGUGUAACGACAACAACAAUAUCGCAGUGUUACUGUUGCUGUUGCCGUUAUAUUCGCAUUACCUAUACCGCCAUCGGAGUGGUGGAGUUUUUACAAUAUGUUUGGUAAUAAAUGGCGGGACAACUUGAAAAUCGUGUUACUACAUGCAAUCAUAUUUAGUAAAACGUUUGAUUAGCUUUCUAAAUGCAGUUUUGAUCUGUCUUUUACAUGAUGUAAGAUAAUCCUAAGCACUGGAAACAUGUCAGAGUACAUAGGGUUUGGUAGUUUACCGGACAUAGUACAUCGAAAAACUGUCAAAAAAGGAUUUGAAUUUACUUUGAUGGUAGUCGGUGAAUCUGGUUUAGGAAAAUCAACACUUAUAAAUACAUUAUUCCUGAGUGAUCUAUACAAGGAACGAAAUGAAUCUAAUUAUGAACCUCCCCAGACCGCAAAAAUUGAAAAGAAAACGUUAUGUAUCGAAGAACAAGGAGUUAAGUUAAGACUAACCGUUGUCGACACACCUGGUUUUGGUUCGUCUUUGAGCAGUGAGGAUUGCAUUCGAUCAUGUUGCGAAUAUGUGGACGAACAAUUUCGUGCAUAUUUCGCUGAAGAAAGCGGUAUUGUCAGAAAGAACAUAGUUGACAAUCGUGUGCACUGUUGUCUUUAUUUCAUACCCGGUCAUUGUCACAGCUUGAGACCAAUAGACGUAGAAUUCAUGCUCAAUAUCCACGAAAAAGUCAACGUCAUACCAAUCAUAAGCAAAGCGGAUAUGUUGACUGAAAAAGAAAAAAUACAAAUCAAACAACGAAUAAAUGAUUCUAUCAAGUCCCACGAAAUAAAGAUUUAUCAACUACCGGAUUGCGAUAGUGACGAAGAUGAAGACUUCAAACAGCAGGACAAAGAAUUGAAAGCAUGUUUACCGUUUGCUGUAGUCGGAAGUAACACGGUUUUGGAAGUUAACGGGAAAAAAAUACGAGGAAGGCAAUAUGACUGGGGUAUAGCAGAAGUGGAUAACCCAGCCCAUAGCGAUUUCACCAAACUUCGGAAUAUGCUAAUAUCCACACAUAUGCCCGAUUUAAAAGAAGUCACUGAGGAUGUUCAUUAUGAAAAUUUUCGCACACAGUUGAUUUCAAAAAUAUCGCAACAAGCAUUUAAAGAUAGAGGAAAACUAAAAAGAGAUUCAAUACCAAAACUGCUACCAGCACUCGAUGAAACGGAUAUUUUAUUGAUUCAAAAAGAAGAAGAAAUCCGCCGUAUGCAAGACAUCCUCGUCCAAAUGCAAGACAAACUUAAGACCAACAAUGAAAAAAGCAAUCAUAACCUUUACUUAGCAGCUCAAAAAUCACUGGAAAAUGAAAACAAAAAAAUUGAAAACGUUAUCAACGUUUAAUGUUAAGUAAUAAUAAUUAAUAUAG